GUCGAAGUGGCAGGAGGUCUCGUGCGAAUAACGAUGUUGAAAGGGACUUACAUCUUUUGCGUCUACCUUAUUUUCCACGCAGCCCAAUGCUGCCAGGGUAAAAGCCUGCCAGGAGCACCGCAGGGUUCUCUCGAGUCCGAAUUGCGUAGAUUGACCCGGCAGACAUCACCCUCCGAGGAGGGAGGGUCCCCCGACAGUGGUUCCGGGGACUCUGAAGACCCGGACAGCGAAAAUACAAGCGACACCGAUGGUAACUCCAGUGACUACGACAGUGUUUCCGGGGACUCAGGAGACGGCGACUCUGGGGACCCGGACAGCGAAAAUACAAGCGACACCGAUGGUAACUCCAGUGACUACGACAGUGUUUCCGGGGACUCAGGAGACGGCGACUCUGGGGACCCGGACAGCGAAAAUACAAGCGACAGCGAUGGUAACUCCAGUGACUACGACAGUGUUUCCGGGGAGGGUGAUUCUGGGGACCUGGACAGCGAAAAUACAAGCGACAGCGAUGGGGACUCCAGCGACGACUCGGACGACCCAUCGUCUGCGAACGGAUCGGGCGCCUCCGACAGCGGCGACUCUUCGGGAGACUCGGAGGCCUCCGACGAAGACGGUCCUAGUGGCUCGGCGGAGAACGAGCCGGGACAAAACCCCCGAGAAACGGGGGUGGCCCAGUGCAGGUGGUUAACCCUGAACAUGGAGGUCAGCUGUCUGCGCGCCUACUUGGCCGGUCCUCUGAGUUUGAUCAACGAUUUCAUCGGAUUCAUAAAGUACAUGCUCUUCUAGAUUGUUUCGACAAUAAAAUAAUCGUCCGUUAAACAGGUG